AUGGACGAGGAUUACGACGUUAUUGUUCUCGGAACCGGUUUAACCGAAUGUAUUCUGUCAGGAUUGCUUUCUGUAGACGGCAAAAAAGUGCUUCACAUCGACAAGCAAGACCACUACGGCGGUGAAAGUGCGUCUGUGGCGUUGUCACAGCUGUACCAGAAGUUCAAACAAAACCCAGUCAGCAAAGAUGAAAUGGAGGCCAAGUUCGGCAGAGACCGCGACUGGAGUGUUGAUUUGAUACCCAAGUUUUUGAUGGCGGACGGAGAAUUGACCAAAAUACUUGUGCACACCGAUGUUACUCGUUACGUUGACUUCAAGCAGGUCACUGGAUCGUACGUUUACAACAAGGGCAAAAUCUACAAAGUGCCUGCUAACGAGAUGGAGGCCAUCUCCUCGCCUCUCAUGGGUAUUUUCGAAAAGAGACGCAUGAAGCGCUUUUUGGAGUGGAUCAGCGAAUACCAGGAAGACGAUCUGAAGACCCACCAAGGUUUGGAUCUCGAUAAAAACACCAUGGACGAGGUUUACUACAAGUUCGGGCUCGGGAGCUCUACUAAGGACUUUAUUGGUCAUGCCAUGGCUCUGUGGACCAAUGACGACUACUUGCAACAACCAGCCAGAGCCUCGUUCGAGAGAAUUCUGCUAUACCUUCAGAGUGUGGCGCGCUAUGGCAAAUCGCCAUACUUGUAUCCUUUGUAUGGACUUGGUGAGCUACCCCAAGGGUUUGCUCGUUUGUCUGCCAUUUACGGUGGUACGUACAUGUUGAACACCCCAGUCGAAAAAGUGCUUUACGACGACGAAGGAAAGUUUCAAGGUGUGGUGACCAAAGAAGGUACUGCUAGAGCCCCAAUUGUGAUUGCCGACCCCACCUAUUUCCCAGAGAAGUGCAAGUCUACGGGGCAAAAAGUUAUCAGAGCGAUUUGCGUUUUGAAACACGCUGUGCCCAACACGAGCAACGCCGACUCAGUACAACUUAUCAUUCCACAAUCGCAAGUCGGUAGACAGAACGACAUAUAUGUGGCGGUGAUGUCCGACUCUCAUAACGUGGCCUCCAAGGGCCAUUAUUUGGCAAUUGUGUCCACCAUCGUCGAAACCGACAAACCACACGUCGAGUUGGAACCUGCUUUUAAGUUGCUAGGUCCCAUUGAGGAGAGGUUUAUGGGUAUUGCAGAAAUCUUCGAGCCCAAGGAAAGUGGGUCUGCGGAUAACGUGUAUUUGUCGAGAUCUUAUGAUUCAUCAUCUCAUUUCGAGUCCAUGACCGAUGACGUGAAAGACAUUUAUUUCAGAGUAACUGGCCAUCCUUUGGUUUUGAAAAAGAGAUCGCAGGAGGAAGGAAUACAACAGCAAGAAGAAGAGUAA